ACUUUUAUUUUGUCGCUCGAAGUGUUUUAACCGGAAAUGGUGGUUUAUGCUAAUAUGGUCAAUCCAUCCGCCAAAUAUCAGCAAAUAUAAAGUAAAACGGGGUCAAUUCUGUACUGUCAUGAGGUGUGAUAUGACAACAAAUCGUCGUUUAAAGGUUUAACUUUGACUAUAAAACAUCCAGAUACCGACAUGACCCCUGAUUAUGUGCUUUAACAACACGUUUAGCUUCAUUUAGGCUGAAACGUCACCUGUGGUGUUGAUAUGUAAUGUUUAGUUCUCGGUAUUAAAGCAUCAUUCAGUCAUUUAUCCAGGAGAGAAACGAUCUGAAGUCGCACCUGACAGCAGCAAAGCCACCAAUCAGGAGCAGAAAUGAGUGCCUAAUACAACGUUGCCUUAGUCCAGGACAAAGUCGCCCAGGAUGGCUCUGAUUGAGGGCGUGGGCGAUGAGGUCACUCUGCUCUUCGGAGUCGUGUUCCUCUUGCUCAUCUUGGUCCUGGCCUGGGCCUCCACACACACAGCUGAGCCUCCUGACCACCUGGUCUCAUCCAGCCCAGGCACGGUGCCCUCAGCAGAGCCGGAGAGCCAAGAGGCCAACCCUCCUGGUGACAUUACUGCGCCACCUCACAGCUCAAGGGAAGAUGACAAAACUGAAGCAGGAGCUGAGAGAGGAGCUGAGGGACAUGGAGGCAGUGCAGAGGGUGCAGGAGAAGAAAGCCUUUUGGGGCUCGACGGUCUGAGACGCAGAGACAUACCUGGACCUUCGCUCAGCAUGCAGCCACCAGCCAGUGCCUCAAGUGCCACACAGGGAUCCGCUUCUGAAGAUGUGCCCAGUAACACAGAGAGAAACAUGGUACUAAGGCUGAAGUUUCUGAAUGACACAGAGAGGAUAGCAGAGGUCAACCCCGAGGACACCAUCGGCUACAUUAAAAGGACCUACUUCGCUGGCCAGGAGCACCAGGUGCGUCUGAUCUACCAGGGCCAGCUCCUCCAGGACGAUGCCCAGACUCUGGCCUCCCUGAACCUAGCUGAUAACUGCGUCCUGCAUUGCCACAUCUCACAGCAUGCCACGCGGGCAAUGCCCGCAGGCACCCGUGCCGCCGAUCAGGUGCAUGUGGCACUGAACGUGGGGAGCCUAAUGGUCCCACUGUUCGUUCUCAUGCUCUCUGUUCUCUGGUACUUCCAGUUUCAGUACCGCCAGUUUUUCACUGCUCCUGCCACCGCCUCUCUCGUGGGCAUAACUAUUUUCUUUAGUUUUGUCGCGUUUGGAGUGUACCGCCGUUAAUUACGAGAGCUUCACCUAACACGCACACACUUAUCCUACACACGUAUAUGUGUGUGUACACACACACACACCAACAUCACUGCACAUUGCUUCUGGGAUCAUUGGACUCUCGGGUUUAUUUGAAGGCCAUGAUUUCAGAAAUGUCUUAUUUUCCUUUCUGUAGCCAGUUACAAUCUGCAAGGUUUAUGCUUGUGUCAGACAGUAAUGUGCUCUAUAUUUAAUUUUUAGUUUUUUUAAUAUUUAGAAAUGCUCAUCGUGCCUAUUUUUUUUCCUUCUCGUUUUUUGGCUUUACAGGCUGCCAGUGUGUAGCUGGUGCUUGCUUAUUGGGAGGGUUUGGUAGUCACAUGACUGUUCAUACUUUCAGGCAGGUUUUUCUGUCUUUGUCUGUCUGUCUGUCUGUCUCUCACUGGUACAGAGAAGGGCAGACAGCGCUGCUGAUGUAUGUCAGGACUAUUAAAGUACUUUGUGUAAAAAAUGGAUUUUGAAACAAAGACAUAAUCUAUUAAAUCAUUCUUUUAUUUA